AAAUUGUUGCAGAUCCCAAAAGAUUCAGAUCCCCAGAACCCUGACUCUCCCGAUUCUAAGAGAUCUGCUGGUUUAACUGCAGUGUGGGUUGCCAGGAACCGCUUUGCUGUUAUGGACAAAAGUCACCAGUUGGUAAUCAAGAAUAUGCAGAAUGAAGUGACCAAGAAAGUUACCACUCCUCCAUGUGAUGAAAUAUUCUAUGCUGGCACUGGCAUGCUCCUGCUUAGGGACAGUGAUGGGGUCUCUCUCUUUGAUGUCCAACAGAAAAGAGUACUGGGAACUGCUCGCAUUGCCAAGUGCCGUUAUGUUGUGUGGUCUGCCAGCAUGACUACAGUGGCACUACUCUCCAAACAUACUAUACUCAUCUGCAAUCGUAAGCUAGAGCGCUUGUGCUCCAUCACAGAGACUAACAGAGUCAAGUCUGGUUCCUGGGAUGACAGUGGUGUUUUUGUUUAUACAACAAGCAACCACAUAAAGGUAAAAUUUAUUAAUAAAUUUUGUGUAUACAUAUGUAUUUAAUUUUUGAUGACAAAU